CACUCUUAACCAGUCUUAAUCGCUGUUUUCAGAUAUUCUAACGCUCGUCUAAGCGGUUUCUUCUAACAAUAAUUGUUCUACUUUAUAUUUACUCCGUUUUUAAAAAAAAUCAUCAUGAAAUAUUUGGCUAUUGCAGUUUUACUUGCUGCGGCAGUUGUUGCCGAGGAGAAACCGGAAGACGAGCGACCAAAAACUUACAGACGACUUAUUCCUGCUGAUGUUCUACGUGAUUUCCCUGGCAUGUGCUUUGCAUCAACGAAAUGUGCUACCGUUGAACCAGGAAAAACUUGGGAUCUAACACCUUUCUGUGGACGUUCAACUUGUGUCAUUGAUGAAGAUGAUCCAUCUCGUCUACUUGAACUUGUUGAAGACUGCGGACCACUGCCUAAAGCCAAUCCUAAAUGCAAACUUUCGGAUAAAACUAACAAAACUGCAAGUUUCCCUGACUGCUGUCCUAAAUUCGAAUGUGAAGAUGGUGCUGUAUUGGAAUACCCCGAAAUCUCAACAGUUCCAACGACAGAUCCUGAGAAGAAAGCAGAUUCAAAAGCAGCUGAAGCAUAAAUACACUGAAUGGACCAAAAUUUUUUUAAUUUCUCAAAUGAUUGGUGCAAGUCUUAGCGUGUUUUCAAUUGGAAAGUUUUCUUUUCAAGAUUUGAUUAAAUAGUGUAUGAUGCUUACUUGCAUUCAGCAAUUUGUAAAUAUUUUUUUUUCGAUAUAUUUUCUAUACUAUGAUUUUUAAAACUGUUAAAAAAAUUCAGGUCAAAGCUACCUGAGCCAUUUGCACAAUAAUUUUUUACACUUUCGUAUUGACAUAAAAUAAAAUAUUUUUUUAAUCCAAUAAAAAAACUGAAAUACAAAUUUGUUUGCACGUAAACAUAAGCACAUUAAUGUUCGCGGCAUACAGUUAAUUAUAAACAAUUUGUGAUUUAUAAUUAUAAUUGAAUGAUAUAUUAAUAAUACUUAUUUAAUAAUAAUUGUUGUU